CAGUCGCAGUAAGUUCGUGCAUGUCCACUCCACAGGUGACGUGACGUGACGUGACUUCAUGUCCUCGCUGCGCCAAGUCCAUCCCUUGGAGCCCCCAGCCAGCAGCAGACCAUGAACAACACCACCGCGCCGCGGCUCAUCUUCCAGCCGCCGACGAUCCCGGCCGUCAUGUUCAUCUUCGGGGUGGUGGGCAACGUGACGGCCAUCGUGGUGCUGCGCAUCUCCCGCAAGGAGCAGAAGGAGACCACCUUCUACACGCUGGUGUGCGGCCUGGCCGUCACCGACCUGCUGGGCACGCUGCUGGCCAGCCCCGUCACCAUCGCCACCUACGUGCGGGGCUCCUGGCCCGCCAGCGACACGCUGCUGUGCCAGUACUCGGGCUUCAUCCUGCUCUUCUUCUUCCUGGUGCAGCUCAGCACGCUGUGCGCCAUGUCCGUGGAGAGAUACCUGGCCAUCAACCACGCCUACGUCUACAACAAGUACGUCAACCGGCGGCUGCCCGCCCUCGCCCUGCUCGCCAUCUACGUCAGCGGCGCCGGGCUGUGCGCGCUGCCCGCCCUGGGUUUCGGCCGGGUGACGCUGCAGCGGCCGGGCACCUGGUGCUUCAUCGACUGGCACGACAACCGCACGUCGGCGGUGGCCUUCAACCUCAUGUACGCCGGCGUCAACUCCGCCAUCGUGCUGGCCACGCUGGCCUGCAACGUGCUGGUGUGCGGGGCCCUCAUCCUCAUGCACCGGCGCUUCGUGCGCCGCACCUCCCUGGGCAAGGGCCGGCUGCGGGUCUCCGAGGUGCCGCUACGGCGCCGGCGCAGCCUCAGACGCAUGGCCGGCGCCGAGAUCCAGAUGGUCAUCUUGCUCAUUGCCACCUCGGCGGUGGUCCUCAUCUGCUCCAUCCCCUUAGUGCUGAGGAUCCUCCAGAACCAGCUGAAAAACCAAAAAGAGGAGUCUACGGGGCUGAACAAAGACCUCCUGGCCAUCCGCAUGGCCUCCAUCAACCCCAUCCUGGACCCGUGGGUCUACAUCCUGCUCCGGAAGACCGUGGUUUCCACGCUGAUGAAGAAGAUCAAGUUUCUCUUCUGCAAAAUGGGAGGGGGCCGGCGGGGGAGCAGCAGGCAAUUCCGCUGCGCCGACGGACACUUCUCCUCCUCGUCCAUCGUGUCCAGAGACUCGCCGUCCCUGGUGUCGUGGGAACUGCGGGGGAUGGGGUGCACCUCGCAGACCUAUCUGUGCCCGGGUGAGGAGAAGGCGGCGGGCAGGACGGGUUCAUUCGGAGAGAGGACAGACAGAGGCGCCAGGCCGCCCGCUGAGAAAAUACUCUCGAGCGCCCAGGACGUCACGGGCAGUCCUUUAGAAGAGACUAAAGGACUCUGCACGUGGCGCUUGAACAGAUGAGACUGCCAACAUUCAGGACGGAUCCAUUUUAAAAGACUCACCAAUGACUGAAGGCGUCAAAUGUAAAUAUCUUCCAAGAACUUCAAAUCGUCAGCCGACCACAUUGACUGAAUUCACACUCAAUUUCUAAUCCCAAUUUAGUACCGAUACCUAUUUUUGUUAUGAUACCUUCAUAUCUCCUGGUGACAGUUACAGAUGCUACCUCAGUAGAAGCAUUUAAGUCCCAUCUUAAAACUCAUUUGUAUACUCUAGCCUUUAAA